CGUGUGGUCAAAGCUGACUGACAAUUGCAGAGCCUUGCAGGGAGGAGGCAAGGCUCCGAAGGACACCGGGAACGAGCCGACGGAAAGUUUCUGAAGAGGCGUCUUUGGGAAAUAGUGGUCAGUGUGACUCGAUCGGCCGCAUUGGGACUCGGCGUAUUGACUGCAGCUCUUUGGAUGGAAAAGGCUCAGUCUGAGAAUCAUUGCUGUUGUCUAACACUGCAUGCUGAAUCCUCCUGGGACGAAACCCAAAGAGCUUUCAUCCAGCAGAGCACACCCCAGUCUGCCACUGUCUCGGGGGGCCUGAGCGGCAGCGAUAGCUGCCCCGGGGAGACAUGGGUUCCCGGAGACCCCUGAGCAGGUCCUACUCUGGAAACGGGAGAUCCGGCAGCCUGAAUGGGGAGGAGACCCUCAUUCAGGGCAGCCGUGGCGACGGCAGAGGCUACCAGCCCAGUGUCAGGGCGGAGAGCAGCCUCUCCAGUCACAGGGUUUCUCUUUACAGACCUCUGAGGAGUACACUGUGCAGCGUGAUGGCACAGUUAACAGAGGAGACGCAACCGUCAUUUGAGACCACCUUAAAAUCCAAGGCAGUGUCUGAAACUUGCAAUGUGAAGUUCACCUGUGCAGUUACAGGUCACCCGCCGCCUGAGCUCACCUGGUAUAAAGACGACAUGGAGAUGGACCGGUACUGCGGCCUUCCAAAAUAUGAGAUAUUCCGCAACGGGAAGACCCACUCGCUCCAUAUUUACAACUGCACAGAGGAAGACGCCGCCAUCUACCAGGCCUCGGCCCGGAAUGCCAAGGGCAUCGUGUCCUGCUCUGGGGUGCUGGAGGUGGGCACCAUGAACGAGUACCAGAUACACCAGAGGUUCUUUGCCAAACUGAAGCAGAAAGCCGAGAGCAAACGGAAGGAGCUAGAAGAUGGACGGCAGCGUGGCAAGGAGGAUGCUCGUGGCGGGGGAGAGCGACAGCAUGCCGCCGAGCCGGAGGCCUCGCAGGCGACGCGGCAAUCUCUGGUCAGGGAGGACAAGCUGAAAGCGCCGUCACUGGGCAGGCAGUUUGAGAACAGGCUGGACCAUGAACCCCAAGAAGCCACGGGGCCAGAGGCCCCGGCGGAGAUAGCCAAUGGCUUCCCUGCUGAGACUAACGAAGCUGACUGCACACCUGUGCAAGCGGAUGCUGUGAAAGACAAGAGCAAACAGGCUCCGACACACACCUAUGAGAGCAUAGAGAACAGCUCCACCAAGCAGCUGAGGAAGGAAUUGCCAGCCAAGAAGAAGACUAAUGUCUGCAAUGGCAUGGACAGUGGGAAAGGGCUCCGCGUGUCCGAGAGCAAGGCCAGCAGCACGGAGGAAGGGAGCGAGGGAAGAAUGAGCCUGGCACAGUACAUGGCGGAAUCCCUGCGUUCUCAGGCCCUGGAAAGCGAGGCGGAGGACAGGGGGACCGACGCAUGUGCCAGCAAGUGGCCAGAGGCAGAGGCCAAGCACACGGGGACCAGUACCGAGGUGGAGCCCUGGGCCCCGGAGGCUCGGCAAACCCCGGGCUCAAACUCACAGUCACCCCUAACGUCCAUGUUCUUCUCCCUGAGAGACAUUUUCUUCGGAAGCAUGAACAAGAAGGAGGGAGAGCAAGGAGGGUCCGCUGGAAAAGCGGACGACCUUGAUGAGAUAAGGGGUGAGAAAACAGAAGGAGUUGUCCCAUCCCAGCAAGGAGUGGAUGACAAAGCAGAGGAAGCAGUCACAAUGGAGAUUAAUGAAGAGCUACUCUCUGAAGACGUCAGGGGUGGAAACAGACGACCUCAAGAAUCGGCUCAAGAACCCCAUGAAGAUUCACUGGAACAGGACAGUGUGACCCCUGGCAGUCAUGGGCGGGAAAUUACGGGGAUAAGAGGCUGGGAGUCUCCGGCACCAGAACCCGGAGAGCAGGCGGGUGCUGAGCAGGUGGUGCAGGGAACGUGCAGGAGCCCGGAGAGGACGGCAAAGGCCCUGCCCACAGCGCUGUGUGCUGAAGACCAAGAUGAACCCACUAAACAAGACACAUCCUUCGUCUCACGUGCCCUGGAUGAACACGGGUCACCUGAAGAGUGGACCAAAGCGGACGCCCAAAAUGCUGAGACGUUGCAGAGCCAGGCCACCGGUGAUGUAGCUCGGCGUGAAUGUUCUCAGUCUGAGAGCUCAAACGUGGAAAGCACCAGUGUAAUGGAAAAGGCUUCGGAAAGGAUGACUUCACCAAAGGUGAGCCAAGGCUCGCUGGAAAACACGAGUGAAGUUCAGGAAAGUGUGGGUGACGAGGAAAGUAGUGGGAAGAGCACAACACCAAGCUUCACUGAAGUAGAGAGGGCUGAUGAACAAGAGGUAGGAAACACAGAUAGUCAGCAGACUGAAAUCAAGCCAGCACAAGACCUUCUAUCUGAGGAAAACUACAGUACUACACCAGAGACACACAAACUAAUGUCCCUGGAAUCACCGCACCUACAGUUACAGGACGACGUUAGACUGGAUACAGGCAUGACAGAACCUGAAGUGGAACUUCACGAAUCUGCUGAAACAAGUCUGGAACCUUCCAUCAUAGAAUUUUUCAUACCAGAUGUAGAAGACCAAGAGCAUUUAAAGACGCCGCAUGUACUGUUACAAGUUAAUGAUGGUGGUGAGCUACCAUGUGAAAACACAUCUGUCACUAAGCAGUCAUAUUUGGAGCUGCCGCAGGUACAGCCAGGGGAAGCCCUGGAGCCACUGAACAGUGAAAGUCACCCUGCAGUAAUUCUGAAAAGUCGCAGGGAGGGAGCGACCUCCCCAACACCAAGGGAAGUGGAAGACAUGACACAUAAGAUUAAAGAAUUAAAGAGAGAUUCUAGCAGUGCCACAGAGACUCCAAGUGAGGGUAUCAGAGAAACAUUCUCCACUAGCGAUCAUGGUGAGCUUGGAGAGACAGAAGUUGCACCUGAAAUAGAAGUGUUUUCUGUGGCUACACCAAUGCAAGAGGAGGUACCAAAGCUGGUGACCGCUGUGGAUACUCCUCUUUUGAUUACACGCACGGGAGAUGAUCGGUAUUCCAAAGCGGAAGCAAAGGACUCUACGUCAUUGGUCAGCCUUCUCCGGGAAGUCAAAAGCAGCCUUGACACAGAGGGCAGAAGCAUGUCUCCAUCUUUAGGAAACAAAGAGAAGACCAGUUCACUUCUGAAGCCCACUUACAAGAACCCAGAUGCAAGAGAACCAAAGGAACUCCAUUCCAGGGCUGUUCUGACUGAAAUGCUCUCACCUGAACGAGCAAGUUCUCCAGAUAUGCUUCUGAGUCCACCUGAGUCCCCUCUCAGAAAAAUCCCACUCCUUAGUGUAACUGAAGCAGACAGUGAUGACCGGCCCAAAGGAGGCAGAGCGGACUCUCCUUAUACCGGGCCUCUUAAGAAAGACGAACCUGCAAACAAAACAUCGAGACCCACAAGCCCGCUGCUGCCUCCGCUGAGUCCUACAAUGAAGCGCAGAUUUGCUGCAAAGGGGGUUUCCUGUUUGGACACUCAGGGGCCAACAGCCAUUCCCGUGAUUCAGACAGAGGGUGCCAUACCAGCAGGGGGACGGGGUGAGGAGCAGAGCUGUAGGAACACCACAGUAGCUACCACUGCUGGUGAGAGCAGCCCCCACCUGAGGAGGGCCGGCAGCCUGAGCCUCAUCCCCUCAGCUACCCCAGUGGAGCUGGCUUUGGGGGCACGCCGCAAAAUCCUCAUACCCAAAGGCAAAGAGGAGGCGGACAACACGACGACGGACAGCCAAGCGAAGAGGGACGGGAUGCCCAGGAGAUGCCGGUCCUCCCUGGAACAGGAAACACCCUACAGUUCACCUGGGCAGACCCGGAGGUCAUCUUUCUCACAGACCCCCCCACCAGAGAGACGAUCCCCCCUGGUCAAUCGCAGGAAGGCUGCACUCGAUGUACCACCACAGCUGGAGAAAUCAGGAGAGACUAACGAUUCAGAGACCGGUACAAAGUCCAUGGAGAAGGAAAAGGCGAAUCCCUUCAAAGCUCCUCAGGUCAUCCGUAAGAUCAGGGGGGAGCCUUUCUCUGACACAGCGGGACACUUGAAGCUUUGGUGCCAGUUUUUCAACGUGCUCAGUGACUCCACAAUCAAGUGGUAUCGAGACGAAACUGAGAUCGCGGAAGUGACCAGAAGGUCAGGAGACGAGACCCAGGUGGCAUUAGCCAUUGUCCAAGCAUCCAGCAGGGACUGUGGGGUGUACAGCUGUUCAAUUAAGAAUGAGUUUGGGGCAGACUCCACGGACUUCCUGCUCAGUGUCGACAUGCUGUCAGAGUUCUUCCUGCGAGAAGAUCUGGGAAUUGGGGAGGAGGUGGAGAUGACACCGAUGACCUUCAACAAAGGCCUGGCUGACUCUGGCUCCUGGGGAGACAAGUUCUUUGGACGUAUUGUGAUACAGGAGGCCCACUUAGGAGGGAGCUGUACUCACAAGGCCUGCAGGGCAAAGGUCAUCUAUGGAUUAGAGCCCGUCUUUGAUUCAGGGAGCACCUGCAUCAUUAAAGUACGAAACCCCAUUGCAUAUGGGACCAAGGAGGACAGCAAUCUGACUGAGCGAAACUUAGACAUUACCAAGGAGGACUGCAAGGUGCAGAACAUGGCUCGAGAAUACUGUAAGAUAUUCGCUGCUGAAGCGCGGCUGAUAGAAGGCUUCGGGCCGGCACUGGAAGUCAUUCCCCUCUACCUGAUUUACCGGCCUGCUAACUCUGUGCCCUAUGGCACUGUGGAGGCUGACCUGAAGGGUGUGUUUCUCCGGUACUCGCUGAUGGACAGUGCAGGCCGGCUGAUCAUGAGAAACGUGUCCCUGCUGGAGCAGAAGUGCUGUGCUUUCCAGCACUGGAUCCACCAGUGGACCAAUGGCAACCUGUUAGCCACUCAUCUGGAAGGAGUGGAUCACAAGAUAACUAACAUUGGAAUAGCAACAAAAACAAAAGGGUAUCAGGGCUUCUCAGACAUUGCAAAGCCACAGCUGUUCCAGCAGUUUGUUGCUCAGCACCAGUGUAACCAGUACUGUGGUCUCUUGGGUCUACGCUCACUGAAAACCACUGACUCCCUGCAGCCACCAGCCAAGCCCAAGGGCUCCCGGAGCCCCCUGCAGGGACGGAAACUGGGUCCUGGGUCCUCAAGCCCACAGGCAGCCAGAAAAGCUACCUCUAGCCCCAAGGUAGCCAGGAAAACAGAGUCUGGGGAAUCAACAGCAAAGCAUAAAACUGUGGAGCCCCCCAAGAUUGUCAGAAUGAGGUAAAACAGGACUGUUACUGAGCAACGCUAGCAUCUUGGCCUUGUUUACCUCAUCUGUCCUACACCAGUGGUUUUCUGGUGUUCAACAUGAGCUCUAAGCUGAGAAGUGAACUACGGAAUUUACUAGAGAUUGUCUGGUAUCUUCACACCAAUGCAGACUUAACACAGUGAGUCUGACAUUAGUAGCAAUCAGAAAGGAAGGAGACUUAAGUUACUUUUAGAGGUUUUUCAAGUGAGUCACCAUCGUGGUUUUUUUUCUGUGACUAACUUUUGACAGUAAUUGAACAUGCAGGAAUUCUUUGCAAGGAAACUGUGUAGAAAGCCGUAGUGCAUCUGAACGCCUGUCAUUCCGGUAGAUUCAGUUGGAGGGACUGAGGACAGCUGCUUUCCGUGAUGCUGAAAGGGUGUUUCAGCGCCUAAGAGUAGCUAACCACAGGCCUGCAGCCGUGCAAUGCACUUGCAUGUGAUGUGGAUGUCCUGAAUUGAAUUAAUUAAAGGCUAGCGGUACAAUUUCAAUACUGUAGACUACCAAUGAAAACUUUUGAUACUGCAGCCAUGGAGAUGACAGGUUAUGGACAGACCAGGACCUGAAGCCUCUUAGAUGUUUGAGGAGUAGAUGUGUUCUAGAUGGAAGAUGAAGGCCGUCUCCGUAUUAGUGCCAUGAUUGGGUGUUUCUAUGUUGACAGUAAAUGACGGUUUAACCCCAGUAAUAAUGAGGUUAAGUGAUGGUUUUUGAAUUCAAAAAAAUACCCACAAUUCCUCAGCCCACGAUUUAUCCAUUUUGGGCUUUAUACUGGAGGUCCUGCUAACUGCAGCAGCAUUUUCAAUAUUGCACGGGACACAGAUUGGGUUCAGUCUGGAGUUCGUGUGCCGAUGGUCCCAGUCACGUGCCGGCGAGAGCGGCCAUCCAGUCACCGUGGAUCUUCUGGCCGAUGCUGGCCACAAAAUGCUGGUAAAACCUGCCUUUUUGUGGCUGUUCUGUCUGAUGAAAGUGACGUGUCAUUGUGGCAGCGCAUUGUGUGUCCCCAGUCUCACAAUAUACUGGUUGCAGCACGCAGAGUGUACGGCCUACACCCCCCCCCCCCCCCCAAAGCUGUCAUUUACCAAGCAGACAGCAGAAACUCAAUAUAUGGAGAAAAAGGACUGAGAUCGAUUUGUGUUUCCUGCAGUGUGGGCAGGUUUGAGGUCACUUCCUGUGGUGUUUUACUGUAAUGACUGGCUGUUUGUUGUCUGUUUCAAGGGUUUGUGUAGCCACAGAUUCUGUGCUUUCUAGGGUGAUGCUAUUUUGUGUGUGUUUCUGCGUGCAGGGCUGCGUUUUCUGCACCCAUACCACUGCUGUAAUCUGGGGGUCUUCUUUGUAAAAAAAAAAAAAUGUUCAUAAAUAACAUCAUAACGUAAUGCUGGAUAUACAUAGAUAAACGCUAUAAUCGGAGCAUCAUGUUGGCAAAAUGAAUACCUUUAUAAAAUAUAUUUAUUAUAUAUAUGUAAUAAAAAACUUCUCUGUA